GCCACGGACCAGCAGCGGAUUUGCUUCGGGGAUUGGUUCCUACUACAGGCCGGAUCUCAUACAGGAUUCGUCAGAGGAUGACGAGGUGGAAGUGCAGCAGCCUGCAGUUUCUACAUCCCUGUCUGCACAAAUGCAAUUGGUGGCAGACGUCCAGGAAGGGCAGGAUCCCUCAAAUGUUCGGAGGGUAAACAACCUGGCAGCAGAGAUGAAUGUCAGCCAGGAUAGUUUUCGGGUUGUCGUAGGAAGCAGACUGGACGCCAUUGAGAGGACAAUGGAUAAGAUAGCAAACGGUCUGCUUGAAAUGCAGAAGGCUCAUGCCGACAGCGCGGCCAAAAUGCUAAAGACCAGAAGAGAAGAUCAUAGGGAGACUAUGGACAUCUUUCACAUUCUGGCCAAAUCCAUCAGCCGGCUGGUGGAGAACACAUCAUGCCUGGCACACAGCAAUGACAACAUGUCGGAGAGCCAUCGACAAUCCUCAUCCAGCCAACAGAUGAUCGCAACCACACUGCAGAUGAUCUAUGAUAAACUCCCAGAACCAGCUCAUCAACAUGCUGGUGAUCCACCAAUUUCGCCAUCAAGAGCCACAAGGACGCUUCCUUCCCUUCCUACACUACCAUCCUGGUAUAGAUGGUCACAGAUGUACCAAGGAUAUACAGGGAUGUACCCCACCCACCAGAUGCCUCCACCACCGGCCGCAACAUCUACAGCCGCACGGGCCCCGAGGCCUAGUCAACCCACUACCCAGCCUCCCAGGACAUCGAUGCCCCAUCAGGAGGAAGACCAGGAUCCGUACAGACUUCCACCAUGA